AUGUUGCGCGUGAUCACCUGUCUCCUGGUCGCCACCGCGGCUGCGGAGCACGUGCGAGAGUUCACUGUCAGAGAGAACGCCCGCGCAUCAACCCUCGUUGGACAUCUAGGCGACGAACUCCCUGAUGCUGCGCCACCUUAUACCAUCGUCCCUGUCCCUGGCAGCGCCGUUAACGACGACCUUAGAAUAGACCCUCACACGGGUGAAAUUAGAACUAGAUUGCCUCUAGAUAGAGAGAACCGAGACCACUACGCAUUGGUCGCUAUCCCCGCCAGCGGAGACAAUAUCCGUGUUGUAGUUCGCGUACUGGAUGAGAACGACAAUGCUCCCACCUUCCCUACGCCUGUAAUGAACGUUGAGUUUUCUGAGAACACUCCCAGAGACGUUAAAAGAAAACUAAACCCUGCCAAAGAUCAGGAUCUAGGUGCGUUCAAUACGCAAAGAUACAAUAUUGUAUCUGGAAAUACUGAUAAUGCAUUCAGACUGUCUUCUCAUAGGGAAAGAGACGGGGUUCUUUAUUUGGACCUUCAGAUUAAUGGCUUCCUCGACAGGGAGACGACUGACCAUUAUCAGUUAGUUAUAGAAGCAUUAGACGGUGGUACGCCACCACUUAGAGGUACUAUGACUGUGAAUAUUACAAUUUUAGAUGUGAAUGAUAAUCCUCCAGUGUUUGCUGAAAGUGUUUACUCUGCUACUAUUCCGGAAAAUGCCACUGUUGGCACUCCAGUUCUUAAAGUGUCUGCAACCGAUUUAGACACUGGUGAAAACGGUUUGAUAGAAUAUUCAAUUAAUAGAAGACAGAGUGAUAAAGAAAAUAUGUUUAAAAUCGAUCCAGAAACUGGUGAAAUCAUUGUAAAUAAAGCGUUAGAUUUUGAAACUAAAGAGUUACACGAGCUAGUCGUUGUAGCAAGGGACAAAGGAGCACAGCCCUUAGAAACAACUGCUUUUGUGUCAAUAAGGGUAACUGAUGUAAACGAUAACCAGCCUACAAUAGACGUUAUAUUUUUAAGUGACGAUGCAACCCCAAAGAUAUCAGAGUCAGCGCAGUUAGACGAGUUCGUGGCUCGAAUAUCGGUCCACGAUCCGGAUUCGAAAACUGAAUACGCGAACGUAAACGUUACAUUGAGUGGCGGCGACGGGCAUUUCGACUUGCGGACUCACGACAACAUAAUUUAUUUGGUGGUUGUCGCGUUACCAUUGGAUCGUGAGGCUCGUUCAUCUUAUACCUUGAACGUGGUAGCUACUGAUAAAGGGUCGCCGCCUCUUCACGCGUCUAGGAUUAUUAGUCUGCGGGUAACUGACGUUAAUGAUAAUGCGCCUGUUUUUGCUGAGUCCGAGUAUAAAGCUAGUGUUCCUGAGGCUGCUGCACCUGGUACUCCAGUUGUACAAGUGUCUGCAAUCGAUGCUGACGAAGGAGACAACUCCGAAAUACGUUAUUCUUUACUACCGACUCCUCAGUCAGACUGGUUUGCGAUUGACGAGCGGUCUGGGUUAGUGACGACUAAAACUAGGGUUGAUUGCGAGACGAAUCCUAUGCCUCGUCUAACGGUUGUGGCUCAGGAUCGGGGCAACCCUCCGAUGUCGACAACAGUGCCUUUAAUAGUGACAGUGUUAGAUGUGAACGACAACGAGCCGAUCUUCGACCAGUCUUUCUACAACGUCACCGUGUCGGAGAGUGAAGCCGUCGGCAGCUGCAUUUUAAAGCAUCCAACAUUACUAAACUCUUGUGACGAGCUAAACCACAAAUCAAAACUAAACCCCACAAGUGAAAGUGUUUCGCACAGCAUUUUGCCAGAAGUAAACUACAGCACUGGCAUUAUCCGCCAGUGA